GAGGCUAGUGCUGCAUAUGCCUACCUACCGCCUGGUGGAGAGCGCCAACGCGUUCGCUCAGGUUCUGACUCGGUUUAAAAUGUGUUUCCUUAACGUCCUGCGCCUUCACGUGUCUCAAACGCAACGGCAGAAGCGCUUGUACAAGCAGUACAUGGAGCAGUUGGCUGGUGCGUACGUGGAGCGGUGCACGGACUUGAAUACGAUGCACUGGGACCCGAGAUAUACAUUUCGUGUGGGUACUCCGGACUGGAGGUACUCUAUGUCGUGUGACGACGUCUCGUGUGAGUCGGAGGCGUCGCAGUCCUGCUGGUGCUCAGAGUGCGACAGUGGCAGGUGUUCCUCGCCCUGCUGCUCCGAGGUGAUUUUCAAUGGCGGGCAGCACGUCAGUGGGAAGAUAGUGAGUCAGCAUGUUUGCCGGCGAUUCCCUGUCUGCUAUCCCGGACAUUUUGGGAGCGGUCGGUUAGCUGUCGAGGGUUGGUGCUGCGCACGCGCCAUGCCAGCAGCGGGGGCAGCAGGCGCCGGGCGCGCCAACAACGGCGCGUUGGCGCUUCACUAUGCCGCCGCGAGGGGUUGUCUAGACUGCGUGCGAUUGCUUGCUAACACUACUCCAGACGUUAGUGCAAACACAGCGAUGGACAACGACGUAACCCCAGUGUAUCUGGCUGCACAGGAAGGACACCUAGCUGUCCUCAAGUACCUCGUGCUGGAGGCCGGAGGUCGCCUGGAUGCGAGGGCCAGAGACGGCAUGCUGCCUAUUCACGCAGCUGCCCAGACUGGGUGUUUAGACUGCGUUAAGUGGAUGAUCAUAGAACGAGGCGUAGAUCCAAACGCAAGAGACGGCGAUGGGGCCACUCCUUUACACUUCGCGGCUUCCCGGGGCCACCUCUCUACUGUCCGCUGGCUCUUGCGACACGGGGCCAGACUCCACCUGGACAGACAUGGCAAGAGCCCGAUUAAUGAUGCUGCUGAGAAUCACCAUUUAGAGUGCCUGAACGUGCUAGUAGCUGCUGGUGCAGCUGGGGCAGACAAGCAACUAGCGUCGUAUAAAGCUGUCCACGCCUGCGCGUGUACUCCCGGGGAAGCUAGAUGUGCUCUACCGAAUUGCAUUAAUGCAAAUAGCGCUCGUUCUCCCUUCUACCUUCACGCGCCAGACCGGGAGCGUCGUGCCUCAAUACAGGAACGUCGGGGAUCUCUCCCUUCCACCAUUGGUUCCAUCAGUUCAGCCAGAUCCGGUCCAGCUGAUGGACUUUAUGUCAAUCCGAUGCAAAGAGGCACCUCUACUAGUGUCACACAUCACAGUUCUUCGGGAGAAGACUCGGCAUGCUCAGCUUCUGAUGCUGAUACAGGCAAUACAAGCGGUUGGUUCCUGCACGGGAACAGCAAUGCCAACACUGGUGCUCCAGCAGCGCUGUACCAACGCGUCAGGGACCUUUUCCACACCCGCUCUCCAGGACCUCGAGUACCUGCUGAGGGUCAGGAGGCUCCUACUAUGACUGUGAAAGCCGAGGUUCACGGAUCGACAGAAGCGACUGCGCAGGAGCAUUCGGACAGCGACAGUGGCGCCGAAGCCACGAGGCGCGAUCACCACUAUGAGGAUAUUUAUAUCCCGAGGGAGGAGCGCCAGAGACGAAGGAGUAGUUCCCGAGAUUCAGGCAGCCACAGCCGUCCAGGUAGCGCGGCGCUAGUUGUCGAUUACACCACCAAAGACAAUGCCGACAACACAAACAAAACCUACGAAGACGUGUCUCCAGUGCAAGAAAAAGAGAAAUCUACAAUCGCCACCAAGCUGGCUGCGCUCACACAUAAAGCCCAGAAUUUCGCCAACCGCCUGUCGUCAGCAGCAGGCAGCCGUCGCGCGUCCAUCUCCGAAGACCCAGUAGUCGUCGCCGCAUCCAAUUCCUCAGGAGUGUCUUCCGGAGGCAGCUCGGGAGACGAAGCUCCUCCACCACCACCGCCACCUCCUGCACCUCCUGCGCCGCCUCCACUGGCAGUGCUUGAAGAACCAGCUUUGAGACCAUCUGAAUUGAAAGGCCGCACAACGGCGAGGCGCGGUUCGUGCGCGUCCGCAGAUGACGAGCGGCCGCGGCCCAACCUCGUCAACAAGCAGCCCGUGCUCCCUUUCGUGCCGCCGGCCUUCCCGCACAACGCGCCCGAUCGCCUAAUCAAGCCUUCGGAGUACUUGAAAACCAUCACGGCGCCCUGCAAGCGCGAUGACGCCGCGGCGGAGGCCCGCCCUCCUCCGCCGCCGCCCGUCCCGGACAAUGUCCCGCCACCGCCCCCGCAGCCCCCCCUUAUGGCGCAUCAACCCUUAGCGGCCAUAAGCAGUGCUGAACUUUCAGCUGUACGACUCCGGACUCCAGCUACGAAGACCUUAUCGGCACCAGCCAGAUCUGUCAGUCUACAAUGUUUGGCUACCACUGCAGAGACAAAUUACAGAAGCGCCAAAACGGAUCUGAUCGAGGAACUGAAGAUGUCCAAGGAUAUAACUGGAAUAAGGAAGCUGAAGGUGGAACGUGCAAGGAGGGAGAGCCUGCAGGACAAGGAAACAUUCACGGAGUUUACUAAACGAUUCACUGCAGACAAUUUUGUCGACCAGGGUUAUCCUCAGGUCCCGGAGAGAGAUGCCUCGGGCAAUAUCAUACCUGCAUGGAAGAGGCAGAUGUUGGCACGACGUGCGGCUGAGAAAGCAAGAAGGGACCUGGAGAGAGAAUUAGCUGGUGAGGCGGAGAGGCGGAGGGCGGCGGCUGUUCCGGUGUGGAAGAGACAGCUAUUGCAGAGAAGGGAGGAAGCUGAAAAUCGAUUGAGGCAAUCACUGUACACGCCAAAAGUGGAAGACACAAACGGUACACAACAACAGAAUGGCGGUAGUGAAUGGCGCGCAUAUCCUAAUGGGGCACAACGAGCAGUUUCUAUAGACAAUAUAACAUUGUGCUACGAUUCUCCUUCGCAGCCUAUGAGGGCACCAUCGGAGAUGAAACUCACCACCAGUGAACAUUAUAAUGGCCAUUCGAACGGUAAACACGACGAUGAAGAAGAAACAGCCAAAAUAAUACCCUGGCGAGCACAGCUUCGCAAGACAAACAGUAAACUCAACUUACUCGAAUAAUUUACUCUAGGCACUUAACGUUUACCUAAACAUGUAUACACGUUCCAUUAAAUUUUAAGUAUUUAAUACAUGGUUAUAGCAUAAGUAAAAAAAAUCGUGAAUUGCCUAUAUGGUUUUCUAAAGUAUGGGAAAAUCGUACUCAAAUGAAAGAGAAAAUUCAAUAUAAUUUAAAUCAAAGUUGUUAUAUUUAAAAGCUAACAUUCAAUUAUGAUAAAAUAAAACCAGAGGGAUAUAUAUUACAGAAGAAAGGAAGUUAUAAUU